GGUGCUGCCGAAGGGAGACCAGAGCCGAGAAGGACCGGACAGGGGAAAGGGCGCAGGAGGGAGAGCGGGCGCGCAUGCCAGUCGGGACCCUUGGACGGCGGGUGCCCAGGAGGAGGAAGACCUGGCGCGACUCCUCGUCGUCCGCAGCGGCAGCCCCCAUGGCGACCAGAGGACUUUAAAGGAGUUCGGGGGCUUUGGCAGGAUCUGGGCGAUUCCGGGUACGCAGAGGGCGAGCACCGCAGACGGAAGGAUUUCUUUUUUCUUUAUUUUUUCCUCCCCAGCAUCCGCCCCGUCGGGGCUAAGCUGCUUGGAAGGUCACGGCCGAGGCAUCGCUUGGGGUCAAGGGGGGAAAGGGCAGCGCCACUGCCUCUCCCGCUCCGGAGCGGCACAUUGUUGCAACUGAAAGCGAGAAGGCUGCCAAGCUUCCUCGGAGGAGUGAAGCGAGAGGCGGGGAAAGGAGCGCCGGAGACAAAGGGGAAGCAACUCUCCGUGCCCUGCACUCCCCGCCUGGCUGUUUCUUCUGCGAUCGCUGUCCCGAGCAGCCCUGCCUUUGCGCACCGCCGCGGGGAUCCGUAGGAUCGAGCGCGCGGCUGCAGGCUGCGGGGUAGCCCAGGCAGCGGGGUAGCUGCUGCGAGCCACCUCGGGGGGCCCGGGAGCGGCUCGUGCGCGCUCCGAGAGGCCUGCAGCGGCUGAAGCAGGCAGGCAGGCGGGUGGGUGUGUUAGGGAAAAAAGAAGCGAGAGAAAGGGAGCGGCGUCUCUUCUCGACGAAGCAGAGGCGCGGAGGAGAAGCGACCUCAUCUGAUCCCUUUCGGCGUGCGCGCCUGACGUUUUGCUGCGCGGGCUGCUUGCGCGGACUCUUCUUUCUCACUCCUCUCUUUCCCUCUCUCUCUUUCCCUCCCCUCUCGCUCAGAUCCGGCGAUUCUUGCUCUCGCCUCGCCCUGUCAUUGAUGGGAAAUCAACUGGAUCGCAUCACGCACCUGAAUUACAGCGAGCUGCCGACCGGGGACCCCUCUGGCAUCGAGAAGGACGAGCUGCGCGUCGGGGUGGCUUACUUCUUCUCGGAUGAGGAAGAGGACCUGGACGAGCGAGGAGGGCAGCCGGACAAGUACAGCGUGAAAGGCUCCAGCAGCCCCGUCCAAGAGACCCCCACCCACCACCAUCAUCCCCACCACCACCAUCACCACCACCACCCUCCGCAGCUGGUGCUGAGCGAGACCCAGUUCUCCGCCUUCCGCGGCCAGGAAUGCAUCUUCUCCAAGGUGAGCGGAGACCCCCAGGCUGGGGAUUUGAGCGUCUACCCGGUGGCGGCCCUGCCUGCCUUGUGCAAGCCGGGCGACCUGCUGGAGCUGCUGUACCUGGGGCCGUCCGACCACCCUCCUCCUCCGCCACACUGGGCAGUCUAUGUGGGCAGCGGGCAGAUCAUCCACUUGCACCAGGGCCAGAUUCGCCAGGACAGCUUGUACGAGGCGGCCGCUGGCAACGUGGGCCGGGUGGUGAGUAGCUGGUACCGCUACCGCCCCCUGGUGGCGGAGCUGGUGGUGCAGAACGCCUGCGGCCACCUGGGCUUAAAGAGCCACGAGAUCUGCUGGACGAACUCGGAGAGCUUCGCCGCCUGGUGCCGCUUCGGCAAACGGGAGUUCAAAGCCGGCGGCGAGCUCCAGCCGCCCUCGGGCUCCCAGCCCCGGGAGCAGCAGUACUAUCUCAAGAUCCACCUGGCCGACAACCAGGUGCACACGUUGCGCUUCCAGAGCCUCGAGGACCUAAUCAGGGAGAAGCGCAGGAUCGACGCCAGCGGCAAACUGAGAGUGAUCAAAGAGCUGGCCAUCGUGGAUGGCAAAGAGUGAAAAGGGGGCGCCUGGGUGGGUGGGGGUCACAGCAGGGAGAGGCCAGCUCUGGUCCGGCCGGCGUGCCCCACCCGGACUCGUCCCCCCGCCACGUGGGUGGCCGCCCUCUUUCUCUCUCGCUCUCCCCCGCCCCACUUUCCCUUUCCGUUCUGUUCCAUCGAGGGGGAAAACCAUGGCAACAUUCCCAGCGAAACCAGCGCCGCUCCUCCGGCUCUCAUUGGCCAGUGCUCGGUUCGCCUCCGACUGACACGAUCACACUAGUGAUACCCAUCGAAGACGAGGAUGCGGGCGGCGGAAAAGCGGGCGGGGGGUGGGAGGGAGGAGCGAUGCAGUUAGCAAAAGUAUGCGGACAAAGUCACUCCUGGCUAUCGAUGUUGAUCAUAGCUCCCAGCGUGCUUAAUAAAAUUUCAAAUU